AUGCUGCGCCUGCUGCCAUGGCUCCGUGCUCUGACCCGGGAGAGCGCGCGGCCCGGAGUCCGGACGGGCCUGGCUGCCGGUGAACGGAGCGGGGCCGGGAUGUAUCCCGCCUGCUACUGCGCGGGCAAAGGCAAGCAGCGGGCAGUGCUGCUGCCCCUGGAACCCUACGGCCAUGGACUGCUGCCCGCAUUCCCCCCGGAUGCCUGCAGGCCGCGGGGCCACGGCAAGAGGAAAAGCUGGAACUUCAUCCACGAGAAGAUGAGCUACGACACCUUCUUCACCAUGAAGCGGCUGAUUGAGCGCUCGCGCAGCGUGGGCGAAGUGCUGCGGUGGGUGACGCAGAACCCCAGCAAGGUGUCCGCCAGCCACUACCCCAUCGCCCUCCACAAGCUGGGCCAGCUCCUUCAGCAGCAGCAGGGCCAGGCCGCGCUGAAUGGGGAAAGCCGCGGGGCUGGCCCCAUGCUGGAGCAGCCGGAGUUCCAAACUCUGUGCCAGGCCAUCAUCAGUGGCUGCUCCAAGUUCGAUAACUUCAGCAUCGUCAACUGCCUGUAUGCUGCUGCUGCGCUGGGCCUGCCGGGAGAGUCGCCGCUGGUGCGAGUGCUGGAGGAGGAGUCACGGAGCCGCUUGGGCCGCUUCAACCAGAAGGACGUCUCCAUGGUCUUCAGCAGCGUGAUGAGGCUGCACCCCUCCAGCCCCCAUCCCCUGGUCGAGUCCUGCCUCAGCAGCUUGGAGCGGCACCUGGAGAAGGAGCGGCACCCCCAGACCCUCUUCCUGCUGCUCUCCUACUACCGGCUGCGGGCACAGGCGUUGCAGGGCCACCCAGCGUCCGACCAGCAGCUCAUCAACAACCGCAAGAUCCUGCGGCUGGUGCGGCACACGCUGGGGCAGGUCAGCGCCAUGCGGGAGCACGAGCUGGCCCUCCUGGAUGAGAUGCUGGCCCUGUGUGCCCAGGAGGCCAACAACAAGGCCUUGGAGGCCAUCUUCAGCUCGCAGCUCUUCUACGAGAACCGGCAAGAGCGAUUCAUCCGCAGCAUGGCAGAGUGGUUGCCCAGGAAGGCAGAGAACCUCACCCCCUACACCAUGGCCCUCAUCGCCAAGUACGUGGCCCGGCACCGGCUGCGCGAGCCACGGCUGCUUGACACCAUCGCAAACUUCCUCCUGAAGCGUGGAGAGCAGCUUGACAGCAAGGUGAUCCAGAAGCUGGUCUUUCCCUUCAGCCGCAUGAAUUACCGCCCGUCCAACCACAGCGAGCUCUUCCCCAAGCUGGAGGCCAUCCUGGAGCAGAAGGCUGGCAGCUCGCCCCUGGCCACCGUCAACAUCCUCAUGUCCAUGUUCCAGCUCAGCCACUUCCCCCAGAGUGUCCUGCACCAGGUCUUCUCCCCGGCCUUCAUCACCAACGUCAUGAGCAGCCCCUACGCGCUGAUCGUGCGCCGCUACCUCUCGCUGCUGGACGCAGCGGUGGAGCUGGAGUUCCGUCAGUACCGCGGCCCCCGCCUCGACCCCCGCUACCGCGUCCUCAUGUUUGAGCACGCCCUGACCGCUGAUGAGGCCAACAGGAAGUACAGUUACAAGGGGCUGGUGGCUGAGGCACUGCGGCAGCUGGUGGGGGAGGAGUGCUACCGGCAGGACGAAGUGUUGCCUCCUGGAUACUGCACAGACUUCCUGCUGUGGGUGAACCGCUCGGGCACGGUCCUGCCACUCUCCCGCAUCCCGGCUGCAUCCAAGGCCCCGCCUGCCCUCAGCGCCGCGGCUGCCGCCGCCCUCUCACUGCGCUCCAGCGUCCUGGCCCUCACCUCGGACUUGCAGGACUUUGCUCCGUUUGCAGCAGAGGGUCCCAGCAGCCCCCCACCUCCCCGGGAGAGCCUGGCCGGGCGCUUCCUGCCCACGCUCUGCCCGGCUCCAGGGGGGCCCUGCUACCAGCCCCCCUCGGACUAUUUCUGUGGGCUGAGCAAGGAGGCCUCGCUGGAGAGCCAGGGCAGCUCCUCGCUCAGCAGCCCCUCCGAGUGUCUCUCGGCACAGACCCCCGGCACCCCCAACUGCUCCCCGGGGGGCACCUCCGCAGCCACCCUCUUCCAGUUCCCCAUCAGCAAGAUCCUGGAGGAAGAGGAGGAGGAGAGCCAGGAGGAAGCCGAGGGCCGGAGUCCCCCACCCAGCGAGGACACCGGGCACCCACCCUCGCCACACCGACCCAGCCCCAAGCGAGCACUGGGCGAGGGGGUGCAGGGAGCCGAGGAGAUCCAGAGGGUGGUGCUGUCGGUCAAUGACAAGUGGCACUACUGCCAGAACUCGGACAUCCUGGUGGGCUCACGGGCCAUGAGGGACAGGCACCUGCGGCUGCUGGGCUACUGCUUGGUGCAGCUGCCCUACACGGAGCUGGAGAAGGUGAGUGGCAUCGAGGAGGCCAAGCACUACCUGCGGCAGAAGCUGAGGGAGCUGCGCUUCUGAGGGACAGACAGA